GUGUGACCGAGCUCAGCUGAGCAUUGGAGGCUCAGAGGAUGGACCAAGAAGAAGCGCCUGCCCAGCCGGGGUCCGCGCGCGCGGACGCGGUCACGCUCCGGCCGUUCGACCUCGCCGACGUCGACGCCAUGAUGGCGUGGGCGUCGGACCCCGUGGUCACGGCGUUCAUGACGUGGGACGCCUACACGUCCCGGGACGCCCUGCUCGCCUUCAUGCGCGACGCCGUGCUGCCGCACCCCUGGUUCCGCGCCGUCUGCCUCGGCGGCGGCGAGCCCGUGGGCGCGGUGUCCGUGACGCCGACGGACGACCGGUGCCGCGCCGAGCUCUGCGUCGUGCUGGCGCGCGCGCACUGGGGGAAGGGUGUGGCCACGGCGGCCCUGAAGCGCGCGGUCGCCACGGUGUUCGGCGACCUCGACGGCGUGGAGCGCGUCGAGGCGCUCGUGGACGCCGACAACGCGGCCUCGCAGCGGGCGCUCGAGAAGGCCGGGUUCCAGCGGGAGGCCGUGCUGCGGAGCUACUGCGUGGUCAAGGGAAGGCUCAGGGACAUGGUGAUCUACAGCUUCAUCUCCACUGACCCUCUCGUAGACUGAUCCAGAAAAGGUUAGCUGCUCAUGUACCUAGAGAUUUCACAACAUGGUUGGAUUGGAUGACCCAAAGUCUUGCAAAAGAAACUAUAUGGCAUUGCAGCUUGCAAACCAACAAGCAUCUCAUCUAGGAAUUACAGAUUUAUUACUUCUGUUUGUUCCC